GGGAUAUCAAGACUGGCACAUUGGGCUGGACUCCGGGCAGCGGCACAUCGGGCUGGACUCCGGGGCAGCGGCACAUCGGGCUGGACUCCGGGCAGAGGCACAGGGCCCCCAGGAGGAGCGGCAGGCACAGGGCCCCCAGGCGGGGCGGCAGGCACCGGGCCCCCAGGCAGAGCGACAGGCACCGGGCCCCCAGGCGGAGCGACAGGCACAGGGCCCCCAGGAGGAGGGGCUGGACGGGCGGGCACAGGGCCCCCAGGCGGGGCGGCGGGCCCCCAGGCGGAUCGGCGGGUGCAAGGCCCACAGGCGGAGCAGCGGGCCCCCAGGAGGGGCGGCGGGUCCCUGGGCGGAGCGGCAGGCACCGGGCCCCCCGGGCGGAGCGGCAGGCAUCGGGCCCCCAGGCAGAGUGUGGCGGGCGCCGGGCCCCCAGGCAGAGCGGUGUGGGCGCCGGAUCAUCAGGCACGACAGCGGGCAUCAGGUCACCAGGGCAUGACCGCGGGGGCACUGGGCAGUCAUCAGGCAUUGGAUUGUCUGGCUCGACAGCGGGCAUCGGGUUACCAGGCAUCAGGUCAUUCGGCUCGCCAGCGGGCACCGCGUCAUCUGGCAAGGCAGUGGGCACCGAGUCACCAGGCA